AUGGCGCCACUGCAGUCCGAGCGCAAGCUGGCAACUACUGGCUCAGUGAAGGCUGCGAUAACAAUGACUGGGAAAAUCUGGGCUAGGGCUUCUGAGAAGACCCAUUUGAGUCCCGGUGAAAAUGUGUGGGUAGACGUUAAUAUCUUGAUGACUCAUGAUGUUUGUGGCCCUGAUUCUAUUGGUAUCUUCAAGAAGGAGUUUGGGCAGAAUGCCAAGGUUUGCGUUGUCUCAGCUUUCAAUUUGAUGUAG